AUGGCCGAUCAAAACCCAAAUGAGAUUCAAAAUCCAGAAUUUUGUAAACCCAAGGACCCCAAAGAUGUUGAAAAAGCUCAAGAAGAGUGUAUGAAAAAACAAUAUCAAAUGAAGUCAAAUUGGCCUCCAGUCAGUGGUCAUUCUGCCCUUCUUCAAAAACGUUUAGCCAAAGGGCAAAAAUUUUUUGACUCCGGUGAUUAUCAAAUGGCCAAGCAGGCAGGUAAUGGUAAUAAAUUGAUUAAUAAUCGUCCUGUGCAACAAGUAUUGGGUUUUGGUACUGGGGAUACCAUACCGACACCAGAAACAGUUCCGGCACGCAAGACAUCUAUUAUUCAGCCAAAAUUCAACUCAAGUUCCACUCCAUCAUCCACCACGUGA